UUUGUUUGUCCCCUGUCAGACCUAUCAGAGGCCAUCCUACAGUCGAUGAAGCGGAGCCGCCGCCUGCUCUUUGUCCUCAGCCCAGAUUUCCUGGUAGAGAAAAGCUUUAGCCUGCUGGAGUGUCGUCUGGGCCUCUACCUCCAACAUGCCCACCAGGCCCUGAUUGUUGCUGUUGUUUACCGCUCAAUAAGUAAACUACCCUGUGUGGAGGUCGCUCAGUUCCGUCAGGCCGCCGCCACCUCCGUGACUUGGCGAGGGAGUCAGUCUGAACCACAUCGCUCCCGCUUCUGGCUGAGGCUGAGGCUGGCGCUGCCCGUCCGGCCACUCGCGAUGGGCAGGAGGUUGAUUGACAGCACAUCAUCUCACUCAGAUCUCGCUGCCCUGGCGCUCCAGCGAGCACAACGGAUCCAGAAACUGAGCCAGACAGACAGAGCCAAUCGGAGCCAUAGAAACAGGUGGGCUUCAGCCAAUCAGAGCAGCAGAAACAGACAGGCUCUUGCCAGAGGUAGGGGCAGAGUGAAGGGGGAGAGUACCUGCAGAGAGGGGGAGUCACAACACAGCAGGAGCUGCUCAGGAUGUGCAGGCCAUGUUGGUCAGGUGCAGGAAAGAAGGGCGGAGCUAACAGUGGAAACAGAGAUGCAGCAGGUGUCACAUGACAGGACUGAGAUUCAGUCAGACCCUGUUCCAGAAACAGAGCCCAACCCAAUUCCAGAUUCCACCCAUAACCUUCAUUCAACCCCUGACCCCGGCCCCAUACCUGACCUGGCCUCUGAUCCGGACUCUGACUCUGCCCUCGCCUCCUGCCAGCAGGGCGAUGAUGGAGCCAUACAGGAACAACAGCAGCACAUGACUGCUUCAAGGAAGGAGAAGUGAUGUCAGCAGGAAAAGGGGAGGGGCCUGCGGUUGAGGUGAGGGCGAGAUGAUGACAUGAUCCUGUACUGACACUAACUCCGCCUCUUUACAUAAACCCAGUGGGGUCUUUCAUAGAGGCUGUUCACACACACUUUAUGUAGUCCUGCUUACAUGGGAAAUUGGUAAAACUAGAAUCUUAAAAUUAUUAUACUUUUCACUAAAUUCAACCCCUUUUUGUUGAUUCUACACUAAACCUGAAUGCAGGAUUUGACUCCUCCGUUAGAUCAUCUGAUUCCAACGUAAAGACAGCAUGAACUCGGAUCUAAUAUGAAACUUAGAAGAUUAAGUGACUUCCUUUGGUGGAAUAAAAUGUAAAACACCACUUAGAAAACGAACUCGAAAAUGACUGAUGUUAUGUUUCUGUCUCUAAAGCUGAAACUGACUUAAAGUUUAUUACUGACCAGAUGGUUCACUGUGUGAACCUGACCUGAGUCAGGCCUGGUCCUGAGGAUUCGUUUGGUUUGAAAAUAAAGUCGUAUACACCGGGCUCUGUUUUCCACCGCUCUGAUUUAGACCAGUUAUAUCUACCAGUAACAUAUUAUACCAGUAAUAUCUGUCAAUAAUCAAUCUCUGUGCUCUCAAACACACUGAACAAUAUGAAACAGUUGCAUGACUGCUCUGUAGUGAGACCGCGGGUGGCUGGAUGACCUUGGACUGUUUGCUAAGUUUUUGAUAAAUAAAGUUUUGUAUUGAAAACAGGGGUUUGUCUCAGGUUUGCGUCUCCACAGCAGAAGUCACUCAGUUUAAUGUUCCUCUGAUUCA